AUGGAAAUUGAAACGUAUGUCACAAAUGGCUUCAAUAAUAUACUCAUACAAAGUCUGCGACAAAAGUCAUACCAACACCCGAUUACACCGGGUAUCAAUGAGUUGGAGGCCAAUCGGAUCACUGAACUCAAGACCGCUUCCGAUGUCUUUGACUUUCCUGAGAGUAGACAUAAGAUUGUAGUAAAGGAUAGACAAGAAUUGAUCCGUAUAUGGAUUCAAAGGACUGAAUAUAGUGUCCGAAAUGCUAUUUCUUUCACCAAAAGACUGGUGUGUUUUUCAUCAAAUACCUGUCCGGAUGACCAGUUAGUGUUAUUCAAGUACGGGUGCCUUGAGAUGCUGUUUCUCAGGAGUUUGCAGAACUUAGAUCCAUAUACCGGGAUAUCCAAAGAUAGCGAGACAACACUUUUGAUGGAUAUGACUUUAUUACCCGAAUGGGAUCAGGAUCAAGUAAUCGUGGAUUUGUUGUGUUUAAAGUACAAAAAUAUUAUACUAAUCUACCCAUUAGAGUACCCAGCGAAUAUGAAAGCAGAAAUUUUGGUGCCAUUACUUGCCAAUCGUGUAAAGCGUUUUUCCGAAGACAUGCAUACAAUGCAAAGUCAAUGA